GACAAAGGGCUUCUUUCUUUACUUUGCGAUACCACUCGUUGCAGACCAUUUUCACGAUGUCCCACCACCCUACCGCCAAGGAAGUCGACCGAACCUACCAUCCCAAGGGCUAUGGCAUGUCUCCCUCCCUCGCGCGUGCCAGGAAGCCGUUUAUCUUGACCAAUGUCCUUAUCGGAGGAACUAUUGUUGCAUUUGCCUUGGGUGUCUAUGCCUACUCUAUCUCUGCAGUGCAGCAGGAUGAUUUUUCUGAUGUCGAGGAUUUGCUGCCUCCUAUUGAGGAGCGAAAAAAGAUCCGAUCUAUUGAAGACGAGGCUAGAGAACAAAAGGCCUUCCAGUCGGUCGCGUCUGUACUUCCUACCAACCGCAAUUUGCCCCUUGCUACUUCCACCCCUGCUUCGCCGUCUAAAGCUAUUCCCGAGGCGCCUCUCGCGGAAACGGCCGCCGCGGCUCCAAAGACUUCCAGUAGCUGGGUACCUAUCAAGAGGCUCGGAGAUGUCGAAUGGAUUAAAAAGAGGGGAUGGGUCGACGGUAAAGGAAAUGUGCUUGUCUGGGGAGCGCCUGACGUGGACCGGAUAGGAAGAGUGGGUGACGCUGUCAGUUCCAAGAAGCUGGUCUAGGACAUCAUGGGAAGUGCAUAAAGUGCAUAUAAACAUUUUACAACACAUAACAUGUAUGAUACGUACACACCCC